CGCCUGUCAACGUCCAACCAACACUCAUUCAUUCAUCUCUGGACUCUCGACUCUGAUUGAAGUCUGAAGAUAUGAACAAAAUUUAUAGUUUUUGUAGACUGUACUUUAAUCGUACGGUUCCAGGCAAAAAAGCGUCAGUACUUAAUCCAUAUGAGUAUUAAGAAUCGGUGGUCUUUCUCUGAAGAGAAAAGGUUGUGGAGGAGGCCGACGAGUUUAUUGCAAUUUGCAGUCCCCACCACCAGCUUGGUCUGGACGAGCGAUUCCCGACGAAGAGACUUGGAAACGGGAUUCUCCAAAGCCCAUCACUGUCCUGGGAUCUACUGGCUCGAUCGGAACUCAGCCCUUGCAGCUGGUUCGAACAUUGCUCUUCUUACUGAACAGAUUAAGAAGUUUAGGCCUCAACUUGUUGGUCUUGGAAAUGAGGCCCUCAUUGAAGAACUCAAUGAGGCUUUGUCUGAUUGUGACCACAAACCUGAGAUCAUCCCUGGAGAGGAAGGAGUCAUUGAGCCAACAGUUGCUGCAAUAGAAGCAGGGAAGGACAUUGCUUUGGCCAACAAAGAGACAAUGAUUGCUGGAGGGCCUUUUAUUCUUCCUCUUGCUCACAAGCAUAACAUAAAAAUUCUUCCCGCUGAUUCAGAACAUUCUGCCAUUUUUCAGUGCAUCCAGGGGUUGCCAGAAGGGGCACUUAGGCGAAUCAUUUUAACUGGAUCUGGAGGUGCUUUCAGAAAUUGGCCUGUUGAGAAAAUGAAAGAAAUCAAAGUUGCUGAUGCAUUGAAGCAUCCCAUCUGGACGUUGGGAAGAAAGAUUACUAUUGAUUCUGCUAGCCAAUUCAAUAAGGGUCUUGAAGUAAUUGAAGCACACUACUUGUUUGGACUUGGAUAUGAUGAUAUUGAGAUCCUCAUUCAUCCCCAAUCUAUCAUACAUUCUCUGAUUGAAACUUAGGAUUCAUCCGUUAUUGCACAACUAGGAGUGCCUGACAUGCGCAUUCCACUCCUCUAUACAUUGUCCUGGCCAGAUAGAAUUUAUUGCUCUGAACUCACUUGGCCUCGCCUUGAUCUUGCUGAGCUUGCUUCACUAACAUUCCAAACUUCAGACCCUGUUAAAUUCCCAUCCUUGAGACUCUGCUAUGCCGCUGGACGUGCUGGAGGCACCAUGACAGGAAUUCUCAGUGCAGCAAACGAGAAAGCUGUGGAGUUGUUUGUUGAUGAAAAGAUUAGCUAUGUGGAUAUUUUCAAGAUUGUGGAGCUAACAUGUGAGGAGCACCAAAAAGAAUUAGUAGCAUCACCUUCCCUUGAGGAAAUCAUUCAUUAUGAUGAGUGGGCGAGAAAUUAUGCUGCUGGUUUGCAUAAAUCUUUGACUGUUGCUGCAUGAUGAGAUCACUGGCGUGAAGAAUCAGGGAAUGUGGUUAAGUUGUUAUGCCAAAGUGCUGACUGCAGGCAUCAUUCAUCAAUAUUCAAUACUUGUUUUGGCAACCGCUGUGUCAUUGUGUUGUAUCAACACUUGGAAUGAGUAGGUAUAAUAAUAAAAGCAUUCCCAAUAAUAGAAAAGUUAAACCCCCCCCCCCCUUUUUUCUAUGAAUGCAC